CAAGAAAUUAAGUCAAGCUCCUCUAACAUAUAGGUUGAUAAACAAGCAUGGAGCAAGAUGAACAACUAAUGUCAUAUUGGCAUCUCCGGACCGGAUCCAUGUUUAUGUACUCCUGAAACGAAUGGGCUUUUCUGGGUGAAGCUCACUGCUAUUCCAAGGCCCGGUCCAGAACCGUGGAUAAUCUUUUCCCAGCCCACACGAAUCUAAUGACUCUUAUCAGUCCGAUAAAAAUUUUGCAUGCGGCAAAGCACGUGGCGGCCUGUGGCAAGAGCAAACGGAGACGUGUCUUACUCCGCCACUGGAAAGGACAACUUAUAUAAAAGAAUUAAAGAAAGCUUUCCAGUUCCAUAGCAAGAAAAUUAUUAUCCAGAGAGAAAUGGAGAAGCGAGAAACUAAGGAAGGUGGAGGGACGACCCCGCCGCCGCCGCCACACGUGACGGGGAUGAGGCCGGUGACGAAGGAAGCCUAUGGCGGUGGGAUGUAUGCGGCCAACGAGACUACUGGGAUGAAGAAAAAGGAAGGGCAGCCGCCGGCUAGCGAUACGCAGAGCGCCGACGGACCAGUGGAGAAGCCGGCGGUGGAGCUGAAGCAUCCGCCGCCACCGUCGACGGGGGACCGGGACCUGGAUAUCACUGGCCAGUCUUACAUUCAGUAACUCAAUAUAAGUACUGUUCAAGCCAACCAGAGCACGCAGUGAUGAUCCUUUAAUUUGCUCUGUGUUUUCUUUUCUGAGAUGGUAUAUAGUAUAUACGUAGCUCUAAUUAAUAAUGCUUAAUAUAGCUUCCUCUCUCUGUAUAUUGUGGCUGCCUUAAACGUGGGUAAAGCAUAUUAACAAUGUCUGAGAAAUAAGUUUUCGUCUUUCGAUUAAACAAUUUUAUAUAUGGAUAUAAACUGUGCAAGCCAAG